GUCAACAAAGUUGGCGCGAGGAAGAUGGCACCCAGUUCAUAAAUGCACGUGAUUGGCUAAUCCGUUAAAUUUGCGCAUGCGUACUAUGUAUUAACAAUUGUCGAUCGUCUACGAAAAGUUGCGGAAAUGUCCGAGGAUAGAAGUAGAAGUAUGAGUAAAGAGCGGAAUAAAGGGAGGAGUAAGAGGAUAGUCGUUUUUCAUUCUGAACGUUUGUGCGAUCAUCGUCAAUUCGUUAUUAUCAUUGUGUACGAGCUGCUUCCACGAGGUUGGCGCGCUCGCGCGCUCCUUAACGUGCGAUUAUUUUUCGUUGAUUGUGUUGUACAGUAUCAGAAAAAGAAGAAAAAGAGGAAAUUAACAACCGGCCAGUUGUCUCCCGCGUUUCCUAAAUCAUCAUUUGUAUUUCUACCGCGUAUUCUCGUUCAAUCAUCCAUAUUUAGUAGAAGUGUAUAAAUAAUUUUUAAAAAACAAAAAAUAAAAAGCAAUAGAUAACGAUUUAUAUCUUUUUCUGCUGUCGAGGUCGUCAUCGUUGUCGAUAGGCUUGUUAAGAAUUUUCUUCCAUUAACUUUUGCAAACGUGCCAUGAGUGGUAGUAGGGCCAAUGGCAAUGAAAACGGGGGGCGAAGGAAUGGCCACGUGCUGGUGUGGGAACAACCGGGUUUGGAAGAGAACGACAAGCCGGUGCGAAGACGGAAAGGUUGUUGGGGUUGGCUUACAGGUCUGCUGGGAACACGUCACGUAGUCACAUUUAUGCUUUUUCUUGGCAUGGCAAAUGCCUAUGUCAUGAGGACCAACAUGUCUGUGGCAAUUGUUGCUAUGGUCAACCAUACGGCUAUCACCGGAGAUAAAGAAGUUGUUACGAACGAGUGCCACAUCGAUAAUGAUAAUAAGAAUACUACUGUAUUAAUGAAUCAUAAAGAUGGCGAAUUUGCCUGGGAUACCAAAGAACAAGGCUAUCUAUUAAGCUCAUUUUUCUAUGGAUAUGUUCUUACUCAAAUACCUUUCGGUAUGCUUGCCAAACGAUAUGGAUCUAAAUAUUUUCUUGGCAUUGGCAUGUUGAUCAAUUCAAUAUUUGGACUAUUAGUUCCUUUGUCAGCACAUCAGGGCUUUUUUUCGCUAAUGGUAGUUCGAUUUAUUCAAGGCUUAGGUGAGGGUCCAAUUGUGCCUUGCACGCACGCACUGUUGGCAAAAUGGAUACCACCAAACGAGAGGAGCAGGAUGGGAGCCUUCGUCUAUGCUGGUGCUCAGUUUGGUACAGUCAUUUCAAUGCCAUUAAGUGGUCUGUUAUCUGAAUAUGGAUUUUCUGGUGGUUGGCCAUCAAUAUUUUAUGUCUUUGGCGCUGUUGGUAUUCUCUGGUGUAUAGCCUUUUUCUUUCUGGUUUAUGAAGAUCCAGAAAAUCAUCCACGUAUUUCUGAAGAUGAAAAAAAAUACAUAGUCAGUGCCUUAUGGGGAAAUGCUGGAGCAUCUUCUCCGCCUAUACCUUGGAAAUCAAUCGCUACUUCAAAGCCUUUCUGGGCUAUUUUGAUAGCACAUAUGGGUCAAAAUUAUGGAUACGAAACAUUGAUGACUGAACUUCCAACAUUUAUGAAACAGAUUUUACAUUUUGAUAUCAAAUCUAAUGGACUUGUAUCGUCUCUUCCUUACCUUAAUAUGUGGAUUUUUUCACUAAUACUUAGCCAAGUAGCCGACAAAAUGAUUUCGUCAGAAAAAUGUAGUCUUACUAGUACACGUAAAAUUGUCAAUAGUAUUGGUCAGUAUGGACCAGCAAUAGCAUUGGUAGCAGCAUCUUAUACGGGUUGCAAUCCAUGGUUGACAAUAAUUAUCCUUACUAUUGGGGUUGGUUUUAAUGGUGGUAUUUAUUCUGGUUUCAAAGUUAACCAUCUUGAUAUCUCACCAAGAUUCGCAGGAGUUUUGAUGGCAUUCACAAAUUGUCUUGCUAACCUAGCUGGAUUACUUGCACCGAUAGUAGCUGGUCAUAUAAUCGUUGGCACGCCAACUCAUCUAAAAUGGAGGAUUGUCUUUAUGAUUUCGGCAGCUAUUUAUGUGCUAUGCGCAACAUUUUAUCUCAUGUUUGGUUCCGGAGAAAGACAAUCUUGGGAUAAUCCUGAAAAAGACGAGGAAAAAGAAGAGAGCAAAGAAUUGGAUAAUGUUAAAACAGUCAACGAAACUGAACACUAAUGUGAUUUUAAAAUAAUGCUUGCCAUGGUAUUUAAGUUUUUUCUGCCAUCAAGCUAAAUGCUAAAUAUGUUGAUAUGGUUCCAGUCGCGGGUGGCACUUAUCUGCCUUAAAGUACAUCCAUUCCCUCCGUUAUUAUUUAGCCGUGCUGGAUGAUUGCGCUAUGUUGUAGUAUUUAACUAUAAGUUAAUUUUAAGUUAUUUUUUAUUUUAUUUUUAUUUUUUUUCUAAUUAAUACGAACAGUGUUCAAAUUUUAAUAACACUGAUCACAUGAAGAGUUGCAUAUCAGAAUAUAUAUAUAUCACUGACGUUUGUAUCGCGUUGUAAAUGUUGAAUUCGAUCAAUAUUUCCAUUAUUUCAUAGAAUACGUGUUGAAAUUAGAGUGCGUGCGUGAGAGAAAGCAGAGAGAAUUGAAGAGUGUAUGAGUUAUAAAAAAAUGAAAAAAUAUAUACGACUGUGACAUACUCCAAACAGGAUAUGUAUAUUACGUUUAACAUCUAAAAAAGAAAGAAUCAUGAAAUUUUAAAUAACAUCUCCUUAAAGGUAUAACAACAUUUUGAAUUGAUUUAGCUAAAUUAGCGGUAAUUAUUUAAUUGUAUUCAAUGUUUCUAUGCAAUGACAUUGAUAAACUUUGAGGAGCAUCAAAAAUGACUUAAAAAUAUCUUGGAAUCAGAAUCUUGAAAUAAAAAAUAUCUAGGAAAUUAUAGAUAAUGCUUCGCAUUGUAUUCAAAGAUGUAUCUUCGAAAUAUUUUUUCUUUUUAUCUUCUUUUUCCAAAUAUUUAAGCACAAAAUUAUGAUCUGUUAGAUUUUGCGUAGUUAAAAUAUAAACGAAAGAAAGAAAAAAAUAAUAUAAAUUAAGAAACACUAUCCAUAGAUUUAAUAUUGAAUUACGUGAACAAUGAAAACUUACUUAGCGUAUUAUAAAAACAAGAAUACACAAAGAUUAUAAUGCGUUUUUGCAUAGUUGUUCAGAUAUAUCUAAUUUGGACAUUAAUCUUAUUGAUUAUAUUUAUACUUGAGAUUCUUCUUUCGUGAGUUAAUAAAUUAAACUAUAUUUUUUUGUCCAAAUUAGAUCAAAUUAAUUAACAAAGUUGGCAGCAGUAUUAAAGUAAAAGUUCUCAUUUGUUCAUCUUUUGUUUUUUUUCUCACUACAUCACGAACAGUUUAUUAUUGUUAACUAUUAUGUAUCAUUUUGUAUUGUGUUAGGACAGACAAUAUGAUUGCAUAAAAACAGUUGAACAAAAGUUAACAAAAUACUGCCUUCAAGCAGUCGUUGAAAAAUAAUUAUACAUAUUGCAUAAUGCAAUUAAUGAUUUAUACAUAUUGUAGAUAGUCCCAUUAAAUAUCUAAUUAACUUAUAGAUUUUAGAUGAGUUGUCGUACUUUAGUAGUAAUUAUUUAUAUUAAAAAGAAAAACAAACUUAUUACCUCUGUCACACUUAAAAUUUAAGUUACGAAACCGAAUGAUUUGUGCCUGCAAUUUUAGUAGGAUGCAUUUUUCUAUCGAUUAAGUUUUUGUUUUGUUUUUAAGUAGCACCAAAUUUUUGUAAUCAUUCGUGACUUAAUAUUGAUUGGAAAGAUGCAACUAAAAAUUCGAUUGGGAAACCAGAGAUACAUUAUCGCUCAUCAAAGUAAAACACACUUCCAGAAAUAAGAUAAUCGCGUCUUCCGGCAAUUGAAAAGAUUGGUUACUUUUAAUUAAGAAUUUGUUAUCUUUAGUAUCUAAAAGUUAAGAUAAGAAUCCUUUAAUUAAAGGAAACGAAUAUUGCCUUAGUUUAUUUAUCUGAUUACAGUCAAAUUUAAAUCUGAUACAAGUAUCGUUUUUAUAUACUUUUCAUGAAUAGCAUUCUUUGAUAUAUAAAUUUUGUACAUUAUUGUGGUCGAAGGGUGAAUACAUGAAAAUGUUCUUCACAAAUCAUUGCUCAUUGGGAAAUAUUUUUAAAUUCUCUACAUAAAUAAUGUACCCGAUAUUUGAUAGAAAUUAUUGC